AUGGUUGAAGUAGAUUUUAAUUUACCAGAUCAAUGUUGGGAAUAUAUCUUCACAUUUCUCAACGACGGCGGCGAUGGUGAACACAACCACCGGUACUUGAAGUCUCUCUCUGUUGUCUCAAAAGAGUUUCUCUCUAUCACCAACCGUCUUCGAUUAUCUCUCACUAUUUGUGUUCCAACACGCCCUUUCAUUCAUCGCCUUUUCAAAAGGUUCACCAACCUCACAUCCCUCGACCUCACGUGUUUCAACAGUGACCUCAACGCGCUUCUCUCCCAAAUCUCUUGUUUCCGAUUGAACCUCACUUCACUAAAUAUCUCCAACCAACCUACCAUUCCUGCAAUUGGGUUGCGAGCUUUCUCCAAAAAGAUUACAACUUUGACAUCUCUCAUUUGUUCCAAUAUUGAGUCUGUCUACAGCACCGACUUGUUUCUCAUCGCCGAAUGUUUCCCUUUUCUCGAAAAACUUGACCUCAGUAAUCCCAAAGUGUUUGUAAAUCAAAAUCACAUAAGCUUCCUCAAUGGUUUAGAUGUUCUUUCAUCGUCACUUUUAAAACUCCGCAAGAUUAAUCUCUCUGGUCAUUGCUAUGUUAACGACUCAUCGCUUUUGCACUUGUGUAAGAAUGGUGAGUUUCUUGAAGAAGUUAUCAUGGAUAAUUGUUGGUCAAUCUUAAGUCGCCAUGGAAUUGUUUCUGCAAUCCAAGAGAGACGAAAAACUUUGAGGUCUCUAUCCAUUAGAUUUAGAUCGAGUGAAGUAAAUGACAUCAUUAGUUCAUACUUUAUUGACUCGUUGGUGAGUUUGAAGGGCUUAACUAGUCUUGAUUUGUCAUUUUCACUUAUCUCGGAUGAGUUACUUACCUCUACUGCAAUGGCUGGUCUUCCUUUGAGAAGGCUUGUCCUACAAAGUUGCUCCGGCUAUAGUUACGUUGGAAUCUUUUCUUUGUUAUCCAAGUGUCAAUCUAUACAACAUUUAGAUAUUCAAAGAACCGAGUUUCUAAAUGAUCACCAUGUUGUCAACUUGUCUUUGUUUCUCGGUAGUUUGGUGUCUAUAAACCUUAGUGUUUGUGAGAAUCUCACAAAUUUAGCCUUGUUUGCACUUGUUAGAAACUGUCCUUCACUAAGUGAGAUCAGCAUGGAAUACACAGCUAUUGGAAAAGAGAGUACAGAGAACUCUAAUUCUCUCAUGGAUUUUGUUGUAAACCCUCGAAUAAAAUCUCUCCAUUUGGCUGGUAAUUCAUUUCUACGAGAUGAAAGUUUCACAAUGUUUGCUUCCAUGUUUCCCAAUUUGCAACUGCUUGAUUUGAACAAAUGCUAUGGCAUAUCUGAAGAAGGUAUUUAUCAAAUUUUAAGAAGAUGUUGUAAUAUUAGGCAUUUGAACUUAUCCUGUUGUUUAAGAGUGAAGCUGCAUGGAAUGAAUUUUGAAGUUCCUAAAUUGAAGGUGUUGAACUUGUCAUAUACAAGUGUUGAUGAUGAAACACUUUAUGUGAUUUCGAAGAAUUGUCCUGGGCUUUUGCAACUGUCACUAGAAAGAUGUAUCAAUGUCACAACAAAGGGAGUGAACCAUGUGGUUAAGAAUUGCAUGCAACUCAGAGAGAUCAAUUUGGAGUAUUGUUAUAAAGUGUUUGUUAAUAUUGUUCCCAUGGUAUUUUCAAGGCCUUCAUUGAGAAAGAUAACUUUACCACCUCACUAUCAUUUCAAUGAUAUUAUUAAGGGACUCUUAUCACGUCUUGGAUGCCUUAUUUGCUAGUAUUUUGAAAGUUCUGUGCUGGAGAGUUCGUACUCUGAAAUGGUAGGGAUUCAAAAUCCAUUGGAAGACAUUUGAAGGACCUAAAUGGAAUUGAAGCUGUAAAUUAUACAAAUUGUGAGUCUUGCUGCUUAGGGAGAUCUUACUGAUAUUGAUGUCAAAGAAUUUGGCAGGCAGCUUAAAUCAGCAUUGGAUGAUGAUAUAUGGAUGUCAAAGACUUUAGUUUCUCAUCAUAAUGUUUGGAGCUUAAAUCAGCACU